GAAUGGGAAAGGGGGCAGAGGUAUGAAUGAUUUCCUUCCUGAAGGAGAUGACAUCUGAAUUGAGCUUUAAACGGUGAGUGGAAGCUGACGACAGCGAAGGGUGAGGAAGGACUAAGAACAGAAGCUGAAUUAUAAAGGCCUUUGUGAGCUGUGCUCCGGGUAUGUCCAAGCAGUUAAUUAUUGCUAGAAUGUAAAGCGGGCCGGCGUGCAUAGGAAUAAGGAGCUUUUGAAGAGCUCUUAAGUAGAGCUGAUAAGAUUUGCAACUUUAAUGGUUGGGAGAGAAUGAAUCUGAGGAUCAUCAUAUGGGGCAGGCAGAUUUGUGAUAGAAUUGUAUAGGGAGCUGAGGUUGAAGGCAUGAACUAAGAUUAUCAUCACGGAAAUAGAGCAAAGGAGAGAGAGAAGAAUUUCCGUGUGGAUGUGGUACACAUGGAUGAAAACUCAUUGGAGUUUGACAUGGUGGGAAUCGACGCAGCCAUAGCCAAUGCUUUUCGACGCAUUCUGUUAGCCGAGGUGCCAACCAUGGCUGUGGAAAAGGUCCUGGUGUACAACAACACGUCCAUUGUCCAGGAUGAGAUCCUCGCUCAUCGCUUGGGGCUCAUUCCCAUUCAUGCUGAUCCCCGUCUUUUUGAAUAUCGGAACCAAGGAGAUGAAGAAGGCACAGAGAUAGAUACUCUGCAGUUUCGGCUGCAAGUCAGGUGUACUCGGAACCCCCAUGCUGCUAAAGAUUCCUCUGACCCCAAUGAACUCUAUGUAAACCACAAAGUGUACACCAGGCACAUGACAUGGGUGCCCCUGGGAAACCAGGCUGACCUCUUCCCGGAGGGCACUAUCCGACCAGUGCAUGAUGAUAUCCUCAUUGCUCAGCUGCGGCCUGGCCAGGAGAUUGACUUGCUCAUGCACUGUGUCAAAGGCAUUGGCAAAGAUCAUGCCAAGUUUUCACCUGUGGCAACAGCCAGUUACAGGCUCCUGCCAGAUAUCACCCUGCUUGAGCCGGUGGAAGGGGACGCAGCUGAGGAGCUGAGCCGUUGCUUCUCACCUGGUGUUAUUGAGCUGCAGGAAGUCCAAGGUAAAAAGGUGGCCAGAGUUGCCAAUCCCCGGCUCGAUACCUUUAGCAGGGAAGUCUUCCGGCAUGAGAAGUUCAAGAAGGUUGUACGGCUGGCUCGGGUCCGGGACCAUUAUAUCUUCUCUGUCGAGUCAACAGGGGUGUUGCCACCAGAUGUGCUGGUGAGUGAAGCCAUCAAGGUACUGAUGGGGAAGUGCCGGCGGUUCUUGGAUGAACUAGAUGCGGUUCAGAUGGACUGAAGUUUACACUGGACUUAUGGCAUGGCUGGGCUUGCAGGCUUGCUCCUGAGGCCAACUGAAGAUUCUGGAUUUUUUUUUUUUUUUUUGUGAGGAAGAUCAGCCCUGAGCUAACAUCCAUGCUAAUCCUCCUCUUUUUGCUGAGGAAGACCGGCUCUGAGCUAACAUCUAUUGCCAAUCCUCCUUCCCCCCCACCCCCAAAGCCCCAGUAGAUAGUUGUAUGUCAUAGUUCCACAUCCUUCUAGCUGCUGUAUGUGGGACGCAGCCUCAGCGUGGCUGGAGAGGCAGUGCGUCGGUGUGCACCCGGGAUCCGAACCAGGGCCACCAAUAGUGGAGCAUGCGCACUUAACCGCUAAGCCACGGGGCCAGCCCAAGAUUCUGGAUUCUAACUUGCCCCCACAGGAGUGCUGUAGAGAGCCCAGUGUGACUAGAGGUCCUGAGUUUUUCUGGGACAAUUACAGCUUUAUUUUCAGUCAAUACAUUUUGUUAAAUGUACCACAAAACGUGACUUUUAUGCCUUUGUAAGGUGUUAAUGUAAAUAAAUUCACAUUCAAAAAGCUUUUU